GACCUCUAAUAUCUCUUCAUAGUUACAGAACAACCCUUCUACGCAACAUGACGACGAGCAAGUGGUGCAGAAACAGGGAUGUUGUAGUGGUGGUUUAUGCAGAGAAGCGAGGCAGCCGGCGUAGGAAUGUUAGAGGAUACAACCGAAGAGCUGAGCUUCUUGACUAUGCAAAGCAUCUCCGGUCUCCUGCACCUCCACCAUCUCACAUCAAACAAACACAGGUUUUGGGUGCUGAUGGAGUAAGAAAGCAAAACAGUUUGAGUAGUCCAACAUGUUUCAACAAAUGGAGCUUUGUAGUAACAAGAUUUCUGGGAUGUAUAAGGGCCCCCAAAACCACCAAAGUCAAGAAGAAAAAGAAUAAUAAGAGCAAUGUGAAAGCUCUUGUACACAGUUUUCAGAUAAAGAAACGGGGGAGCUUUGUAUCAAAAUUGCUUGCAGCGUUGCAGAAACGACGUUAGGAAAGACUCGUCUCGUGUGUUGCUUACACCAGGGUGAUCAAGGAGAUCUUUCAACUAACAAGUUGAGUCUGCAGAUUUAAGAGUUAUUCUUAAAAUUUUGUCUAAACUUUGAGGUCAUCGUAGUAAACUUUAGUCUGAAUUAACAAAUAUUAAAAAUAUGAAUCAUCAAUACUUGUCUGUUUUGUUAACUUAAUAGUACAUUGACUCAACUAAUAUUUCUGGCCGAUUGAAGA